CCCCUUCUGGCCUGGUGGUGUAAAGCCAAGACACAGGAGAUGAGAUGCCCAUGGCGAAAACCAAGAAGAAGAAAGCCAAGAAGGAAGUGAUGGAAGCCGACAGCCCGGAGAAGAAGACACUAGCAGGUCCAGAGGAAGGCGUGGAGCUGGAGGGUUUUACCAGCAGGCGUGAGUCUCGUGUGAGCCAGAGCCAGAGUCAGGAGCCCCUGACGCUAGAGACGGCCCCCAGCCCACCACAGAAGAAGAAAAAGAAAAAGAAGACUCAAAACCUUGACCUAGAGGCAGAGCAGGGAGAUCUGGCCAAUGGUGAGCUGGGGGAGGGGCCUGCAGCGGAUGGGGAGGAGCCAGGAGUCACCAGGAGGACCAAGAGGAAGAAGAAGCCAAAGCCGGUGGAGAUGCACUUCCAUAAUGAGUUGACACUGGAGGAGGAGGAGGAGCUCUCUGAUGGCCACGGCUCCAUCCCCCAGCGCUCCCUCUUCUCAGCCCCGCCCAUGGGCAAGGUGUUCGUCGAGAGGAACCGCCAGUUCCCACCAGACCGUCUGGAUCUGGGUCUGGAUGAGUUCAUGGAAGUCAGAACCAUGUGGUCCACACGAGACGUCGCCAUGCGAGUACACAGCGGAUUCAGGAUCAUAGGCCUGUUCUCCCAUGGUUUCCUGGCUGGCUACGCGGUGUGGAACAUCAUUGUGGUGUACACGUUGGCUGGGGAGCAGCUUUCGACGUUGCGCAACCUCCUGCAGCAGUACCACCCGCUGGCCUACCCAGCGCAGUCUCUACUGUACCUGCUCAUCACCAUCAGCACCGUCUCGGCUUUCGACAGGGUGAAUCUGGCGAAAGCUUCACUGGCCCUGAGGGGACUGCUGACCAUGGACCCUGCUGCUCUGGCAUCCCUAUUGUACUUCACCGCGCUCAUCCUCACUCUGAGCCAACAGAUGACAAGCGAUCGCAUCCACCUUUACCCCUCAGCCAACGAAACGCUUUGGCCUCCCGGUACAGAACAGCAACUGCUGAAGCCGUGGGUGGUGGUGAACGUGGUGGUGGCUCUACUGGUGGGCUUAGCCUGGAUGUUCAUCUCCACACGACCAGACAUGGACUACACUGAAGAGUUUCUCAUGGCGAUGGAAGUGGAAGACUACAAGCACGAGGAGAAGAUAGAUAGCCCCACAUGAACGCCGCCAUCUGCAUGACCUCUAUGACCUCUAGCAUCACAUCCAUCACGUCUAAAUCACAUCCAUCAUGACCUCAGAGAAAUCUAAAAUCACUGAGAAGGGUCAGCGGCUGAAGAUGUGUGGAUGGUACUGCAUCUCUAGUUGGCGAUCGCAGGCCAAUGAAAAAUGAAUGAGUUUCAAUGGAGCUGCCAAAAAUAACUUGGCUAAGGCGUAUGUUUUCUCAU